AAACCAGAUUUAGUCUUCUUCCCCUUCCAAUCCAAACAAAGAGAAUAAUAAUAAUAACAAUAACGAGUAAAUAACAUAAAUAAAACCAAACCCUUUCUUGACUGACGACUCUCUUAACUUUGAUCUUUCAUUCAACUCUCUCAUCAUCAUCAUCAUCAUCAUCAUCUUCAUCUUCUGCAUAUUAUUAUUCUUCAAUUCAAUCGUCAAACUCAAAGUAACCGAUCAUGAAGAGCCCGUUCAGAAAAGUCCGUGGCCUAGGGCUACACAAACGACACCGUAUUCAACGCUCUUCCGCUCAAUUAGACGAGCUCACGCAAGCUACUCAGGAUAUGCAAGAUAUGAAAGAUUGCUAUGACAGUUUACUUACGGCUGCUGCGAGCACCACCAACACUGCUUAUGAAUUCUCAGAUUCGUUACAGGAAAUGGGUAGUUGUCUUCUUGAGAAAACUGCACUAAGUGACGAUGAAGACAGUGGCAGAGUAUUGCUAAUGCUUGGAAAGGUGCAAUUUGAAAUCCAGAAGCUGAUUGAUAAUUACCGAACACAUAUUUCCCAAACACUCACGGUUCCUUCACAAUCUCUUCUAAACGAAUUGCUUAAUGUUGAGGACAUGAAAAGACAAUGUGAUGAAAAAAGGACACAAUAUGAAGCGUUGAAAACACAAUACGAAAAGGGAAAGAUGAAAGGCAGUAAAGUAGAACAUGUUUCUUCUCGCCAGCUGCAAACAGCUUGCGAUGAAUUUGAUGAGGGUGCUACGGUAUUUAUUUUCCGCAUGAAAUCUUUGAAAAAGGCUCAAUCUCGUAGUCUUCUAACACAAGCAGCUCGCCACUAUGCUGCUCAGAUGUCGUUUUUCAGAAAGGCGCUCAAAUCACUGGAAGCAAUCGAACCACAUGUUAAGUCAACGACUGAACAGCAGCAUAUUGACUACCACUUUAGCGGGCUUGAAGAUGACGAUGAUAGAGAUUCUGUAUUUCUUUCUGACGAUGAAGAUGAAGAUGACGAUAGUGAUUAUAAUGACACAUUUGAAGACACUGAAUUGAAUAUUGACCCCCACACGAAUGUUACGAAGAACGACGUUUCUACCUCAGGAAACUCAGUAGAGGUGGGUGAUGAAGACAUUACAUUUCCGCAAGUUCCUGUGAAAUCGGCAAUGGUAAAUAUGAACAGAAGUAACUCAACUAUUGAUAUUAACAAAGGAUACAAAUCCGCUCCACUUUCGAUGGAGAGUAAUUUAGACCCAUCUGAACGGUACCGUCAGAUGCGACAGUCGUCUGCACGAAAGCUGAACACAUACGUUCUCCCGACACCACUCGAGAAAAGAUCAGUUACUUCAGGAAUCGAAAGUCAAAGUCAAGGUUUAGCACCUAAACCGAAACCACCAACCAAUAUAUAUCAUUCAAUGCCGCUAGAAAAGAUGUCAGGAAAACCGACUCCACUACCCGCCCCUCAAACAGUACACUCCUCAUCUCAAAUUGAUCCACACUCGGCAAAGAAAAUUAAAAGAUAUGCUUUUUCUGGACCGUUGACUGGUAACUCACAUUCAAACAAGAUUCCGUUAUAUGCCAGUGGUCCUAUUGGGUCUACAGCACGGCAUAUGCCUGUAUCUGGUUCGGUUUUACCGACUAGUUUGACUCAGCCACUGUCAGCUUCAGAAGCGUACCCGUUAAGUGCUAGUAUGGCGUCGUUACCUGUGAUCAGUGAACUCCAUGAACUCCCGAGGCCGCCUGCGAAAGUGGACUUUAAGAAACCUUCGAAAGUCGGGUUUUCUGCUCCUUUGAUCACGUACAAAUAUGGGCCGGAUACAAGCAUGGUUUCACCUCCUCUGUCACCAAUAGACUUUAAAGUUAUCUAAUGAUCACUCCUGCUGAAAAUUCUACUUUAUCCAUCAUGGGUCGUCGGGUAUAAUAUAAUAUAAUUUGGCGCUAAAAGUUACGGCAGGAGCUAUGUGGGAAGCGUUCUAAAUUUACUAUUGAGAAUAGAGACAUCAAAAUGUAAAUAACUUCCAUCAUCCAAGGAAGCAACAACCUUCUCUUUUGACCUUUUUUUUUGUAGUAAUAUCCUAAAGCUUCUAGUUUUAUUAUGUAAGUAUGCACACAAAGUAACUUUCUGUUACAUAUCUUGUUAUCUUUAUCUUUAUAUAUAAUAUAUAAGAAACUAUGUUGACAUCA